AUGGCACUGUGCUCCAAUAUGAGCAUGGCCCCUGUCCGAGCAGAUUGGCUGACCCCGAGUUUCGCGUGCUUGAUUCUGUAUGGUUGCUGGGGCUUCUUGGGAAAGCUGGCUUUGGUCCGUGGCCUCUCGGGUUCUCAGGAGGCUGGUCUGGAGAAGCUGGGAUUCUUUCUCACGCUGGCGGUCAUUCUGAAGCCCUCUUCGUCGGGGGAUCCCUCUGACGGCGCUGGCCUUCUCUCCCGAUCGAAGUUUGCCAUUCUGGCAUCACUGCUGAGUGGAGUAACUGCGGCGCUGGCUAACAUGUGCUACACUCGGGCAAUGGUGCACGGUGAUGCCGGGGCCGUGUCUGCAAUUACUGCGUCCUAUCCGCCUGCCACGCUGCUUCUAUCUGCCGUUUUUAUGCGUGAGAAGCUAUCGAGGAGAAAACUGCUGGGAUCCUUCUUUACCCUCCUGGGUGCGUAUUUCAUGGCACGCAGCUGA